AUGGAUGCUAAAAAUGAACGUUUAAAUUAUUAUUACAUUAACUCUUUAUUUGAUAUAGUAGAAAAGUAUAAUCUCAUACCUUUAAAAGACUUUGUAAAUGAAAAUUUAUUUAAGGUUAACAAAUAUGAAUCUUUUAUGGCAAAAGUAUUCAAGUACAAUAAGAACGAUAUUGAGAAAUGUCUGGACAAUACCUAUAAAUCUGAAAUUUUUCAACAAAACGUACAAUCGCAUUUGAGUAUUUACUUUCAAAUAUUACUAAAACUUUUAUCAGUAAAAAUAAAGAAUUAA